ACGAAACUAAUGGGGACUAAGAAACUACAUGGCCAAGCAAUCCCAAUAGCACACCGUCACCACCAGGGGCGGACUGACAACUCAUGGGGCCCCCGGACAAUAGGGGAUCAUGGGGCCCCUGUGUCCUUGCCCAAACUCAAAAAAGCCUAUGAAAAAGGUACCAGGGGCAUAUCAUGGGGCCCCCUACUGACCCCGGGCCCUCAGGCAGUGCCUGAGUUUCCAAAUGGUCAGUCCGCCCCUGGUCACCACAAUCUUGCAGUAAAGAAG